AUGGCGGCGUGUGGACGUGUACUGAGGAUGUUUCGCUUGGCGGCGGCGCUGCCGCUGCUGCUGCUCGCGGCGGCCGGCGAGCAGAAAAUCCAGGGCCUGGGCGGCCACGGCCAGGGCCCGGGCCCGGGGAGCAACCUUCUUCCCCUCGGGGCGCAGCCGGGAGGCGGCGUGCUGCCGGGUCAGCUCCUGCUGCCUCAGUCAUCUCAGUUGCAGCAGCAGCAGCAGCAGCAGCCGCCGCCUCAGCAGCCCCAGCCGCCUCAGCAGCAGCAGCAGCCGCCGUUCCCCGCGGGCGGGUCUCCGGUCCGGCGGGGCGGAGCAGGGCCCGGCGGGGCUGGCGGGGGCUGGAAGCUGGCGGAGGAAGAGUCCUGCCGGGAGGACGUGAGCCGCGUGUGUCCCAAACACACCUGGAGCAACAACCUGGCGGUGCUGGAGUGCCUGCAGGACGUGCGAGAGCCUGAAAAUGAAAUUUCUUCAGACUGCAAUCAUUUGUUAUGGAAUUAUAAGCUGAACCUAACUACAGAUCCAAAAUUUGAAUCUGUGGCCAGAGAAGUUUGCAAAUCUACAAUAUCAGAGAUCAAAGAGUGUGCCGAUGAGCCGGUUGGAAAAGGGUACUUGGUCUCCUGCUUGGUGGAUCACCGAGGCAACAUCACCGAGUACCAGUGCCACCAGUACAUCACCAAGAUGACAGCCAUCAUCUUCAGUGACUACCGGCUCAUCUGCGGCUUCAUGGACGACUGUAAAAACGACAUCAACGUGCUCAAGUGUGGCAGCAUUCGGCUUGGAGAAAAGGAUGCACAUUCACAGGGUGAGGUGGUAUCAUGCUUGGAGAAAGGCCUGGUGAAGGAAGCGGAAGAACGAGACCCUAAGAUCCAAGUCUCUGAACUCUGCAAGAAAGCCAUUCUCCGGGUGGCUGAGCUGUCCUCAGACGACUUUCACUUAGACCGGCAUUUGUAUUUUGCCUGCCGAGAUGAUCGGGAACGUUUUUGUGAAAAUACACAAGCUGGUGAAGGCAGAGUAUAUAAGUGCCUCUUUAACCAUAAAUUUGAAGAGUCCAUGAGUGAAAAAUGUCGAGAAGCACUAACAACCCGCCAGAAGCUGAUUGCCCAGGAUUAUAAAGUCAGUUACUCACUGGCCAAAUCCUGUAAGAGUGACUUGAAGAAGUACCGGUGCAAUGUGGAAAACCUUCCCCGGUCCCGGGAAGCCAGGCUCUCCUACCUUCUGAUGUGUCUGGAGUCAGCUGUGCAUAGAGGGCGACAGGUGAGCAGCGAGUGCCAGGGGGAGAUGUUAGAUUACCGCCGCAUGCUGAUGGAAGACUUCUCUCUGAGCCCUGAGAUCAUCCUGAGCUGUCGAGGGGAGAUUGAGCACCACUGCUCUGGAUUGCAUCGGAAAGGGCGAACCCUGCACUGUCUGAUGAAAGUGGUUCGGGGGGAGAAAGGGAACCUUGGAAUGAACUGCCAGCAAGCGCUUCAAACACUGAUUCAGGAGACUGACCCUGGUGCAGAUUACCGCAUUGAUAGAGCUUUGAAUGAAGCUUGUGAAUCUGUAAUACAGACAGCCUGCAAACACAUAAGAUCCGGAGACCCAAUGAUCCUCUCGUGCCUGAUGGAACAUUUAUACACAGAGAAAAUGGUGGAAGAUUGUGAACAUCGUCUCUUAGAGCUGCAGUAUUUCAUCUCCCGAGACUGGAAGCUGGACCCUGUCUUGUACCGCAAAUGCCAGGGAGAUGCAUCGCGUCUUUGCCACACCCACGGUUGGAAUGAGACCAGUGAACUUAUGCCUCCCGGAGCUGUGUUCUCCUGCUUAUACCGCCACGCCUACCGCACUGAGGAGCAGGGCAGGAGGCUCUCAAGGGAAUGCCGAGCUGAAGUCCAGAGGAUCCUCCACCAGCGUGCCAUGGAUGUUAAGUUGGAUCCCGCCCUCCAAGACAAGUGCCUGAUUGAUCUGGGAAAGUGGUGCAGUGAAAAAACAGAGGCUGGACAGGAGCUUGAAUGCCUCCAGGAUCAUCUCGAUGACUUAGCUGUGGAGUGCAGAGAUAUAGUCGGCAACCUCACUGAAUUAGAAUCCGAGGAUAUUCAAAUAGAAGCCUUGCUGAUGAGAGCCUGUGAGCCCAUCAUUCAGAACUUUUGCCACGAUGUGGCAGAUAACCAGAUAGACUCUGGGGACCUGAUGGAGUGUCUGAUUCAGAACAAACACCAGAAGGAUAUGAAUGAGAAGUGCGCCGUCGGAGUCACCCACUUCCAGCUGGUGCAGAUGAAGGAUUUUCGGUUCUCUUACAAGUUUAAAAUGGCCUGCAAGGAGGACGUGUUGAAACUUUGCCCCAACAUAAAGAAGAAGGUGGACGUGGUGAUCUGCCUGAGCACCACCGUGCGCAACGACACUCUCCAGGAAGUCAAGGAACACAGGGUGUCCCUGAAGUGCCGCAAGCAGCUGCGGGUGGAGGAGCUGGAGAUGACAGAGGACAUCCGCCUGGAACCAGAUCUGUAUGAAGCCUGCAAAGGUGACAUCAAGAACCACUGUUCCACUGUGCAGUAUGGAAAUGCGCAGAUUAUUGAAUGUCUGAAAGAAAACAAGAAGCAGCUGAGCCCUCGUUGCCACCAGAAAGUGUUUAAGCUGCAGGAGACAGAGAUGAUGGACCCAGAACUAGACUAUACACUUAUGAGAGUCUGCAAGCAGAUGAUAAAGAGAUUCUGUCCAGAAGCAGAUUCCAAAACUAUGUUGCAGUGCUUGAAGCAAAAUAAAAACAGUGAAUUGAUGGAUCCCAAAUGCAAACAGAUGAUUACCAAGCGCCAGAUCACCCAGAACACAGAUUACCGCUUAAACCCUGUGCUAAGGAAAGCCUGCAAAGCCGACAUCCCUAAAUUCUGUCAUGGAAUCCUGACUAAGGCCAAGGAUGAUUCAGAGUUAGAAGGUCAAGUCAUCUCUUGCCUCAAGCUGAGAUAUGCAGACCAGCGCCUCUCUUCAGACUGUGAAGACCAGAUCCGGAUUAUCAUCCAGGAGUCUGCUCUGGAUUACCGACUCGACCCCCAGCUCCAGCUGCACUGCUCAGACGAGAUCGCCAGUCUGUGUGCCGAAGAAGCAGCGGCCCAGGAGCAGACCGGCCAGGUGGAGGAGUGCCUCAAGGUCAACCUGCUCAAAAUCAAGACAGAAGGCUGUAAAAAGGAAGUGUUAAACAUGCUGAAGGAAAGCAAAGCAGACAUCUUCGUGGACCCGGUUCUUCAUACAGCCUGUGCCCUGGACAUUAAACACCACUGUGCGGCCAUCACCCCUGGCCGAGGGCGUCAAAUGUCCUGCCUUAUGGAGGCCCUGGAGGACAAGCGGGUGAGGUUACAACCAGAGUGCAAAAAACGUCUCAAUGACCGGAUUGAAAUGUGGAGUUACGCAGCAAAGGUAGCCCCAGCGGAUGGCUUCUCUGACCUCGCUAUGCAAGUGAUGACCUCCCCGUCCAAGAACUACAUCCUGUCUGUGAUCAGCGGGAGCAUCUGCAUAUUGUUCCUGAUCGGCCUGAUGUGUGGACGCAUCACCAAGCGCGUGACACGAGAGCUCAAGGACAGGUAG